AUGCCUGAGAAAGUAUAUGUCAGUUACAACCAGGUGCACAAACUGUGCCAGAAUUCCGCAGACAAGAUCCUCAAUGACUUCCACCCAAAUCUCAUGAUUGCAAUUGGUGGCGGUGGCUACGUGCCUGCUCGAAUUCUUCGCUCAUUCUUAAAGCGCCAGGGUGAACCCAACAUCCCCAUCCAAGCCAUCGGUCUUUCCCUGUACGAGGAUCUCGGCCGCGAUGACCCAGAGGAAGUCCCUGGCACAAAAGUUACGCGGACACAGUGGUUAGACUUGAGCUCUCUCGAAAUGGCCAACCUGAUUGGCAAGAACAUUCUUAUUGUCGACGAGGUAGAUGACACCCGCACGACACUUGAAUAUGCGGUGCGGGAAUUGGAGAAAGAUGUCGAAAUCGCUCAAAAGAACCUAGGUCGUGAGGCCGAAAAGACGACAUUUUCCAUUUUCGUUUUGCAUAACAAGGAUAAGACGAAGAAGGGCAAGCUGCCCGAGGAUAUGAUGACUAGUGGCCGAUACCACGCUGCCGUGACCACGGGCGAUGUCUGGAUCUGCUAUCCUUGGGAGGCCAAGGAUAUCGACGAGCACGACGAACUUGCUAAGUUACACCCUCUGGUCUAA